UUAAACGACUUGUCCAAUUGAAGUGAAUCUUAAAUUGAUAUAACAACACUUGGGAUUCCAACCUAAACGGCGCAGAAACAAUUCGAUUUUUCAUAAAUAGUCCCUAAAACGGUAGUGCUAUGUCGAUAAAACAAGAGUCCAUAGACGCUGCAAAAUUGCAGGAAGUCGAAGAUAAUGUUAGUGAAAUAGCCUCGAGUAGAUCGGAUGAAAAGAAAAAGUUUACAGUGAUAGAACCAGCAGUGUUUCUAGUUUACAUAGCCACAGCAUUGGCCAGUGCUGUGUUACAAAAUCAAGAACUCUACCAGGCAUGUGUUGCCGUUUACGAAUAUGAUGAAGAAUUGUGCGAGCCAAUGUUGGGAGUUAUACCUAAAAAUGCGACAUCACAAGCCAUCGAAACCCAAGUACAACCCUAUGUGGCCAACAUUAUUAUGACCAGUUCACUGAUUAACAGCGUUUUGCCUGCAUUCCUCAGUUUAUUUAUUGGACCUUGGUCUGAUAAAUUUGGACGUAGACCUAUACUUGUGGUAACUUUUACAGCGGCAUUACUUGGACAUGUUAUAACAGCGAUAUUAGCGGGCAUAUCAAUGUCGACACCGAUAAACCCUUGGGUCUACGUUAUAUCGUACAUACCACUGGCACUAACUGGUGGCACCUGUUCCUUGAUAGCGAUGGUAUUUUGUCUGGUUUCCGAUGUGUCUGAUGAGGGCGGUAGAGCCAGACGCAUGUUUUUGGUCGAAGGUGCUUUGGGUAUUGGUACACUGGUUGGUAAUUUAAUAGCCAGUUAUAUACUUGCCGCAACUGGUACUAUUGGUGUAUUCGUGAUUGCGGCGGGUAUGGAUUUGGUUGCAGUACUCUAUAUCAUUAUCUUUAUAACCGAAAGUCUGCACGUGAAACACGAAAGAACUAAGUCACAUGUACGUGAGUUCUUCAAAUUCGAUCUGAUUAAGGAUCUGGUUAAAAGUUGUCUGAAACGCAGACCACACUUUGAUCGCGGCAUUAUUUGGUGUAUUAUGUUCGCUCUAAUUUCGACAACCUUUGUGCAGCAGGGUGAAGCGAAUGUACUUUAUCUGUUUUUACGCAACAAAUUCAAUUUCACGCUUCAACAAUUCACCACUUUCACCGCAGUCGGCAUUGGCAUUAAAAUGAUUGGUUGUGGUAUAAUUUUGGUGUUAUUACGUGUGCUAUUCAGGGCGCCUUUAACAGUGGUGGCCAUACUCGGCUUGUUGGGUAGCUUCGCCGACAGUUCAAUACGCGCUUUGGCUGAGAAAUUUUGGGAGAUGUAUAUAGCCGCGGUUGCGGGGUUCAUGGGUGGCAUUAACAGCCCCAUGUUGCAAGCGGUACUUGCGGGUUUGGUAGACCGUACAGAAAUCGGCAAAGUAUAUGCGGUAAUUUCCUCACUACAAACACUUUCACCUUUGGCGUCGGCGCCUGUAUACACUGGUAUUUACAACUCGACAUUGGUAUCUUAUCCUGGCGCCUUUUACUUUCUCAGCUCUGCGCUCUAUUUCGCAAACUUUUUGCUCAUAACGAUUAUAUACCUUAUGCAACGUAAGAAUAGUGCCAGAGCAACAAGAGACGAUGAGGUAGCUUGAUGUCGGACAGCCUAAACGCAUUUGUACUUAUAUACUUCUUCGAAAUUCGAAAAUGAUAUUUCAACUUUAAUUCGACAUUUAAAUUGCUUAUAAAUGAGAGCGCAUGUGCAUUAUUUUUGACUAUUACUUAAGCGGAAAAGUUACUAAAAAAUGUAUAGUAAAAUUGCAUAAUUAAGUGUUAGAAACAUUAA